UCGAAGCGGUCACCAGUUCCAGCUUUAACCACAUCGAAUACUUUUUCCAUAAGCAUCUUGAAUAGUUGAACUAUCGAAACUUCAUAUUCAUCAUCGAAUUACCUCGAUUAAAGCGAAGAUCAGCAACGGCUGUUCAAGGAACAGCUACGUAUCAUCAUGAGCCGACGCGAUGUCGACGAGGCUGCUUUGCUCAAAUUCUACGGUAUAUCCACUCCUUAUCCCGAGCAUUGGGAAGAAGUCGACCACGAGAAGGACGGGCCGCUUGCUGGGACCGGUACACUUGGUGAGGAUGGUGGGGCCAGUGAGGUCAGUGAUCCUCUGGGACUGAGAGGGAAGUUGACUGGCGUGACAGACCUGGAUAUCAAGACUCGCGCAGCUACUUCUCUAUCCUCCAAGGCUUUUGAUCCAAAGAUUUUCCUCUCUGCUCAUCACCCUGAUGCUUCAUAUCAAGAUCUGCAAAAAGGCAUUAACAACCUUGAAAGGGCUAUUGAGAGCCGUUCGGAGGCUGUGAGGAUUCUCGUCGAAGACAAUUUUGACCGGUUUGUAGCUGUAAAGGCAUCGAGCGAUGUUGUGUAUCGCGAUAUGAAAGAGGAAUUUUUGGCCGAUGAGUCGGAUCACGGUAUUAGAGAACUUAGGGAAAUAUUCAAAGUUGCUGCCCAUCGAGCUGACCAGGUAUUCCUACCUGUACUGGAGAAUGCUGUCAAAGCCUCCAAACUGAGAUCUACGCUCGGCGUAUUUGAGAAAUCAAAGUUCCUGUUCAAUCUUCCAGGCCAGCUACUAGAAUCCAUCAACGCAAGAAAGUACGAUCUGGCUCUGCGAGACUAUAAAAAAGGUCUUUUCCUGCAUAAUUCUCGAUCAGGGCAACUUAUACCAGGCGUUAAUGCAUCAAGAGAACAGCAAAAAAGGGUAUUCGAUAAAGUGUGGAGUUCAGUAGAGGAAAUCAUGGGCGAUAUGAGAGCGAAACUUGAUAGCGGCCUCAAGGAAGCCUCUAGAGGCGUAGAAGAGCAAGAGAGGACCAUUGAGAUUCUGGUCGAGCUGGAUCAGAGCGAUGAGCCUGCUUGGACGUACCUCGAAUACCAACAUGCGCACAUCUUGAGUACCAUGAAGAUCAUUUAUGAAAAGACCCAGGAACGUGCUAGGAUCGCAGAGCUAGAAUGCGCCAGAGAACCCUCCACUUCCACUGCUUAUCUGAAUCUCUUGAGACGGCAGUUAUCUUCGCCAGAAUAUGAGUUAAACUCCCUUGCUCCGACCACGGUAGAUACAGCUUGGUUGGCCAUCCAUUUCCUCGUGAAACAGCUUUCGGAGUAUGUGGCAAGGUCAUUCGCAGGCUUCUGGAGGAUCGGGAAAGCAUGUAUGGAUGGAAAAUACAGAAAGCGCGAUUCGUCUGAUAGCAUUGUUGCUUCAAACCGUCCUGCCAAUACUUGCCGAAUUAUGGCUCUCGAAAUCGUCAAACUUUACAACUCUCUUCUCUCCCAAUUCUUCAAGCUGUCUGAUCCGGCUAUCGCUGAAUCGACGCCUCGCAAAGAUAGCAACCAUCAGCUUCCAUCGUUCGUUCCAGCCGGAACCUCUGUCAUUACCGCCUGUUAUUUUGCGGAGAAAUUGGUAGAAGAUAUAUCUGAUUGUGCAGGAGAACUGGCAGGUCACGAAGUCGUGAAUGAUUCGGGGAAUGGCAUGAAGGGAUUGGUUGAGAGUAUGAAAUGGAAGAUGAAGGAGGUAAUUGGCGCAGUUUGGGCUAGGGACGCCAAAAUUUUGCAUGGUCUCGAGGAUUGGUCUCAGGCUACAAAUCCCAAGGGAGCCAUACGCUAUCUCACUCUAGUAGACGAAUUCCAACUUCGCAUUAUUUCUUCUGUAAAGAAAAUUGCUGCAAUUCGAAAGGGAGAUGUGGAAAGCUUUUCGAACGUCCUAAAAAAAAGAAUUAAAGAGGACUUUGUUGAGACUCAGUGUCAUAUAUAUGACGGAAUUAUGAAGGCGACGGAUGUGGACUUGCGAGAUGGCUCGGGAGCAGAUGUGGAGCAGCGAAAAAAGCCGUUAAGAGGGGCGAGUAUGGAUGUCUCCGUCGUACAAAACCCUGAAAUUCGACUGCUUGUUUCCCUCGCUAAAUUUAAUCAGAUGCAAGAAACUUCGAUCAAAGCAAUCUGCAGGAAAGUCAGCAAAGUUCUGGACGUGGAUAUGGCCAAGCAGCAGGAUCUCUUGCUGCAAGUGAUCGAAGGCAUGGAUGCUCGGGCUUUCAAAGUCUAUAUUAGUCUCCGAGCCGAGCCGCUGAGCAAGAUUAUUCGAGAAGCAGUGCUACAUGAUACAGACUGGGUGAACGCAGGCAAGCCAGCAGAAAUUCGGCCUUAUAUACACAAAAUCAUACUUCUAUUAGUUGAGGCACAUGCACAAACAGGAGACAUUGCACCAGCCCUGGUGCCAAGAGUUAUUCAAGCUUUGAUUGAAAGCAUCACAAGGGUUGCCCUGAGUUGUUUCCAGCAAAUUAAAAAGUACGGGCCAGGAGGGAUGCUCACUGCAACUGUCGAGAUUGAAUACCUCCACUCUGUCGUUAGCUUAUACGUUUCCGCGCAAGCCAGCGAUAACCUUAGCCAAAUUUACGACACUAUCGGAUCUGUAUACGGCCGACAACAAAGUCCGGAAGAGCUGAGCAAGGAGAUGGAUGGUUUGCGGAAGUUGUUAUCAGCGACGAGGAAGGCGACAGGAAUGGAGACUCUCUGCUUAAGAGCGCCAAAAGAUUAGAUGACGCGCAUCCCACGGAAUAGCCGAAAUCGGAUGGUUGUUAGCUGCGAGUUCGGCAAGGUUGAUAAACACGCGG